AAUGGUUACAGGAAGAAUCGCGAGAAAUUAGAGUGGGAGGAGCGAUAUAAAGAUGAGCGUCUUGCCAACGAUCGGAAUAGAAGAAUAGAUCCGACAUCAUGUGGAAAUAUCGAACGAUCGGGCUUUUUGCCUUGCUGGCUCUUCUCUGUAUUCAAGCACGAGCUGCAGACAUCAUAGUGAAACGUCAUACUUUUGACGAUACCCUAACUUCCCAUGGCAAACAAUUUUUCUCUGAUUUGGCUGGCUUAGGCGGUGGAUUAGGCAGUGGAUUAGGCGGAGGAUUAGGCGGAGGAUUUGGUGGAGGAUUUGGUGGAGGAUUUGGCGGCGGCGGCGGUGGUGGUGGAGGAGGAGGAGGUGGAGGUGGAUUUGGUAGCGGUGGUGGAUUUGGCAGCGGUGGCGGUUUUGGCAGCGGUGGUACUAAAGGAGGUUGUUAUACUGGAACUUGCGGAGCCGGAACCGGUGCCGGUGGUGGUGCCGGUGGUGGUGCUGGUGGCGGCGCUGGUAGCGGUGGUGGCGGCGCUGGCGGCAUAGGAGGAUACGGCAAACCUGGAUGUAGUAGCGGAAAUUGUGGCGCUGGUGGUGCAGGAGGAUAUGGUGGCGGCGCUGGAGGUGGCGCUGGAGGAUAUGGUGGCGCCGGAGGUGGCGCUGGAGGACAUGGUGCCGGCGCAGGUGGCGCUGGAGGAUAUGGUGGCGCCGGAGGUGGCGCUGGAGGACACGGUGGCGGCGCAGGUGGCGCUGGAGGUGGCGCUGGAGGAUACGGUGGCGCCGGAAGUGGCGCUGGAGGUGGUGCUGGAGGAUACGGUGGCGCCGGAGGUGGCGCUGGAGGAUAUGGUGGCGCUGGAGGACGUGGUAGCGCCGGAGCUGGAGGUGGCGCUGGAGGAUACGGUGGCGCCGGAGCUGGAGGUGGCGCUGGAGGAUAUGGUGGCGCCGGAGGACGCGGUAGCGCCGGAGCUGGAGGUGGCGCUGGAGGAUACGGUGGCGCCGGAGGUGGUGCUGGAGGACACGGUGGCGCCGGAGGUGGUGCAGGUGGAUACGGUGGCGCCGGAGGUGGAGGUGGCGCUGGAGGAUACAGUGGCGCCGGAAGUGGUGCUGGAGGAUAUAGUGGCGCUGGAGCUAGUAGCGGUGCUGGUGUAGGAGGAUAUGGCAAACUUGGAUGUAGUGGCGGAAGUUGUGGCGCUGGAGGUGGCGCUGGAGGACGCGGUGGUGCCGGAGCUGGAGGAUACGGUGGCGCUGGAGGUGGAGGUGGUGCCGGAGGAUAUGGUGGCGCUGGAAGUGGAGGCGGUGCUGGAGGAUAUGGUGGUGCCGGAGCUGGAGGUGGUGCUGGCGCACAUGGAGCAGGAUCGGCUGGUAUAAUAAAGACUGCUCCUGGCGGCCCAGGUGGUUAUGGUGGUGCAGGUGGCGGAGCAGGCAGCGGUGGUUAUGGUGGUGCAGGAGCUGGAGGUGGAAGCGGUGGUUAUGGUGGUGCAGGAGCUGGAGGUGGAAGCGGUGGUUAUGGUGGUGCAGGUGGCGGAGCAGGCAGCGGUGGUUAUGGUGGUGCAGGUGGCGGAGCAGGCAGUGGUGGUUACGGUGGUGCAGGAGCUGGAAGCGGUGGUUAUGGAGGUGCAGGUGCAGGAGGUGGAACCGGCGGUGGAAGAGGUGGUGCCGGUGGUUAUGGAGGUGCAGGUGGUUAUGGAGGUGCAGGUGGCGGAGGAGCUGGUCACGGUGGAAGUGGAGGUGGUAGCUGUCCUGGAGGAUGCAAAGGCGGUUACGGAGGUGCCAGUGCGAACGCCAAUGCUUACGCAAGCGCGAAUGCGAAUGCAAAUGCGAACGCAAGGGCGACUGCUUCCGCUAAUGCGAAUGCUUUUUCAAGUGCAUCCGCAAGUGCUAAUGCAAAUGCAAAUGCUGGUGGCGGUGGUUUCGGAAGUGGUUUCGAUGACUUUGGUCCUGGCGGUCACGGAGUCGAUCUCUUCAACCGUAUGGGCAGUAUCGACGAGGGAGUUAGUAAGAGCGGUAGCGUGGACAAAGCCAAAGGCGUUUAUAGCAACAGUGCAGCCAAUAUCGAUUCCACCGGAAAGGGAUCGUACAAAGUAUCUGCUGGAAAAAUUGCUUAAGCGGUCUCUGAAAAAAACUCAAAUCGAUAUUCCGAAUCAAAAUUUAAUCUGUUUUAAAGAAAUUUAGGUAGUUAGGAAGAAAGAAUUUAUAUGAAUUUUUAAAAGACUCGGCAGAGAUCUUAUGGAUUAUUUUUUAUUAUUGUUUACAAUUUACAAUGCAUGUUAUUAUUUUCAUGAUAAAUAAAAUGCGUCGCAUGGCGCCAGAAAUCUCUUCUUUUUUCAACUUAACACACUGACGUGCAGUUCGAAUAAACAUUUAAUCUGUAAACAAUAAACAAAGAGAAAUAUUUUUAUAAUUCAAA